UCUGAGCCGGGGACGCGCCUGUGCGGUCGGGAGCGCGCCGCAGUCAUGCCUCGUCCAUCGCUCGCAUCAUCAACACCAGUGUCGGAAAAUACAAGAAGAAAUCCGUCUUUUUCGCCUUAAAAUUCGUCAGCUCUUUCCGGGGGUUGAGUAACUGAUCAUUUGACCUCAACUCGAACGUGAUCUGUCAUUUUUUUUUUUUUUUUUUUUACACCAAAUGAGAUAAAAAAAAAAAAAAAAAAAAAAAAAGGAGAAGAAGGGAACACUGGAGGAGUACAGCUGUGUGUGUGAUGUGGUGUUUCUGCUCUCAUCCUUCAUCUCGGCGCUCAUUUCUUUAACUUGAUGCUCAAAAGGGUGUUUAGUUUUUUCUUUUUUUUUUCUUUUUUUUUCGGGGAUGUUAAUGCCGGAGAAGCGGCUUGGACGGAUGUGAACUGAUGUGACUAAACUAGAGUAUUUCCAUCAACCAUAACGAUGACAAUAAACGUCUUGUGAAAGUGUCAGAGUUGUAAAGGAUCUGGCUCGGCUCUCCGUCCUCCCCCUCUGCGUCACGCCGCUCCCAUGACCUUUUCCCGCCGCGCCAAACCCAUGGAGAGUGCACGCCCACCCAGAUAGGAUGCCUGACCUGCCCGACUCCCAGCGUCCCCUCCUGCCCGCCUUCACCACCUCCUCCUCCUCCUCGUGUCUACCUGCUCUUACCAUCGGUUCCUCGCGGCCCGCCAGGCUCCGCCCAGCCCCGCUCCAACAUGGUGGAUGAAGUAACCACCAUGAAGGAUGACGUCAUCAACGCCAACACGCUGGCUUGGCUGGUCUGCUCGGGCGUGUCCAUCCUGGCCAACACUUGGAGCAUCCUCAGCGUCAGUGCCAAGCAGAAGAAGUGGAAGCCGCUAGAGUUCCUCAUCUGCACGCUGGCGGGCACGCACAUCCUGAACAUGGCCAUCCCCAUCACCAUGUACUGUGUCAUAACGCUGCGCCGCCAGCACUCCAACUACGAGUGGAACGAGGGCCUGUGCAAGGUGUUCGUCUCCACCUUCUAUACGCUCACGCUGGUCACAUGCUUCUCUGUCACCUCUCUGUCUUAUCAUCGCAUGUGGAUGGUACGCUGGCCCGUGAACUACAGGUUGAGUAACACUAAGAAGCAGGCCGUCCACACAGUGAUGGGCAUCUGGAUGGUGUCCUUCAUCCUGUCGACACUUCCCGCCGUGGGCUGGCACGACACCAUCGACCGCUUCUACACCUCCGACUGCCGAUUCAUCGUCACAGAGAUCGGCCUGGGCUUCGGCGUGUGUUUUCUUCUGCUGAUCGGAGGCAGCGUGGCCAUGGGCGUGAUCUGCAUCGGCAUCGCUCUCUUCCAGACCUUCUCCAUUCAGGCCGGCCACAACGCGGACAAGAACAAGUUCAACGUCCCCACCAUCGUGGUGGAGGACGCCCAAGGGAAGCGCAGGUCGUCUAUCGAUGGAUCGGAACCGCUUAAAACAUCGCUGCAGAUCACGUACCUGAUCAGUGGCAUCGUCUUCAUCUAUGACUUCCUGACUGGCUUCCCCAUACUGGUGGUCAGCUUUACCAGUCUGAAGUUUGACCGCUCCUAUAACUGGAUGGUGCUGUGCGUGCUGUGGUGCUCCAUCGCCCAGUCCAUCCUGCUGCCCAUGUUCCUCUGGGCCUGCGAUCGAUACCGGGCCGAUAUCAGGAUGGUGUGGGAAAAGUGCGUCGCCAUCAUGUCCAACGAUGAGGUGGACGAAGAAAACAGCCAAGAUGGAGGAAUUCAUGCCGACUUAAUAUAUGACAGACCAUAUGACUAUAGCUCGGCGCCUGAAAUCGUGACGGUAGACCGUAAUGCCAAGUAUGAGUUCUCAACCUUAGAAAGGGGGGUUCCGCAAGGGUAUCCAUUGAGGGAACAACAGGAAGAUAAAAUGCAGUAUUUGCAGGUGCCCCCUACAAGAAGAUACUCCCACGACGAAACCGACAUGUGGACCAGCGACCGGAUCCCCUCAUACCUUCACCGAUGGGGAUCCACCGAGGACAUGAUAGUGACUGCCCACUACAGCUCCACCUUACCGCGCCACGAGAGGCGCAGGAGCAGCCUGGUCUCCUACCACGAGGAGAGCCACCAUCACCAUCACCCUCAUCGCAAGCGGCGACGCUCUGAGGAUAGUAUGCACUCUCUUAAGCACCUGCCGCGCGUGGUUUGCGGCGGGGAGCUUUACGAGGACGAACUGCGGUGUUUCAGCCGCGAUGAGGUGAUCAAUUUUAUAGAUGAGACGCCGCUGCCGAGCCCGAGGAAGAGCCCGCGGCGCACAUCUACCAUUUCACUUAUACCCAAUGUGUAUGAACAGCACACAGUCAUCCUCCCUCACUUCCCGCUCACAGACUUCGAGCGUGAGCCUCAAGCACUGAGGCGGCUCUCUGAACACAAAAGGAACAGCCAUCGAGGGAGCUCGCCUGAGGGUUCGCCAAAACCAGACAGGCAAGUCGGAAAGAAGAGUCCCGGGGCUUGUAGCUCUGGGAAAGGCUGCAGGGAGCGUGCUCAGGAUGGGAAACGGCAGGGGGAAACAUCCUCACCUGGACGCAGCCAACACACAGCCGGGCACUCCGCCUGUAGGCCACAGACAAGCCUCGGAGCUAGAGCGGGUGGUGGGUCCGAGCGGGGGCAUCAGAAGGACCUGAAAAAAGCUGAGAGUAAAGGAAGCACAAACAGUUUUGUAAGCACACCCUCGGCAUCGUCCUCGGGCUACAUCACAUUUCACUCUGACUCUGUAGGCUCCACCACCUGAAGAAAAGUUCUGCCUGUUAAUAUUAACAUUGUUCUAAUGUUAUUAUAGCAGCCACUGGAACAUCAGUGGUUAUGGAGAAGUAACAUACUGGAUUAUUUGGCCUUUUUAAUCGUGCCACUACUAUGUUUUACUAUAUAUACCGCCAACAAAUACCUGUAAUGCGUAAUGAUGUUGGAAGAUUUGGAUAUAAUGUCUGAACAGGCCUAAUGUUGUUUUAAUAUGUAGGCUUAUUUAAGGUUUUGAGGUGGAGGUCCUCUUAUUCACCUUUCCAAUCACAAAAUAUCCACAGAGGACACUUUUUUUUUUUUCCAGCACUAACACAAAUAACUGUUUUUAAAUAGCGUGAACAUUCCCACACCUUGUUUUUGCUGUUUGAUGUUGUUUCCUAUGAAAUGCUUAAAUGCUCAAGUAAUUAAAGGGGACUGGUUGAGUGGUGUUUUUUUCUUUUUUUUUCUCUCUUUUUUUUUUUUGCACUUAAGAACUCAAAUUGUAAUAUUUCUGCCUCUUAAUGACUGCUUGUUUUGUUCAAUAGAAACAUUUAUUUUUUAUCACAAACACUGCCGAUGAAAGGAUUGGACACUUAAUACAUAUCCAGUUUACUUUUAUCAUGGUUAUGAACAUUUGUUGUUGUUUUAUUAAGCAUCCUUUGUUAAAGUAAACUCAGAAUGGUCACAUAGAUUUACAGUUGCUGUAUUGAGAUAUUGAGAUUAUCGUGUGAAAACCCUGAAGUUUAUAAGGUUGGUUUUUCAAGCAAAGUGAUGUUAUGUAUAGAAUUUAUGAAGGGUAUUGAAUUUAUGGUUUUGGUGUUCUUUUUUUGUUUAAUAAGACCUUGUAUACCUAUAUUUGUCUUAUCUUUGAAGAGCAUCAGGCAAAACAGUUGAUCACAUUAAAUUUUUAUAAACAACAAAUUAAACCAGUGCAACAGAAAAUGAUACUUUAUUCUCAUCAACUAGUAUUCCAUACCUGUUGUAGAGUACCAGUAUUGGGUUUUUUAUCUUGUAAAGCAUGAUGGAAGGGCUUAAGUGUUUUUUUUUUUUUUUUCUGGAAUUAAUCCAAAUCCUCUGGAUGAAUCCAAAUCCUCACAAAUAUGGAAAAGUCAGAGUGAAUAAGAAAAAGUAUGAAUGCAAAAUAUUUAAAUAAUAAUCAGUUAUUUGCUUCAACAAAAGCAGGCACUGUAUUUGAUAUGUUAUCCCAUACAUAUAUCAAAAUUAUACUUCUGACGUUAUUAUUAUGAGAGGGGUUUUUUACUUGUUCUGCUGAUGAGGUUAAUUUUCUAUACAUAAAAGGUACUGAAGAAGAAGAGGAAAACAACAUAACUGAAGUGAAAACCUACUAAGAUAGAGAAAUUCUCUCUACCCUCAAAUAAAUUCAUUAGACCUAUAAUGCUAUUGUUUCCCUGUGGAAUAAGUGAUGAUGAUGAUGCCAAUGAUGAAGGGACUAUGAACUCUACUAAAGCAAAUUAAAGUAAAGACAUCUUCUGGUUUUUCAGCUCAUCAACAUUUAGUCAUGACUAAAAGUUUUGGGAAUGAUACAAACCGAUUCACUGCUUAAAUGUGAUUUAUUUGUCGAUAAAAGUCUUUGAAACUUGUAUAAUGCUUCUACUUGUCCUUUAAUGUACCCCAGAAACAUGUGGAAAUAUUUUUAAGACACUUAGGCAACAAAUUUUGUGAAAAUAAAACUUGUUAUUCCCAAAACUUUUGGCCACUACUGUACUUCUAUCAUGAAUGUAUUUGCACAAAUUAGGUAUGGGUUUGCAGAAAGAAUAUCAAAAUUAUAAUGAAAAAAUAUAAUGGGAAAAGAGAUGCCCAGUGAAAGCCUUAUAAAUUCUUUAUUUUCAGUAAUAAUGUUGCACGUGUUUGGCAUUUGUGUAUUCACCAAUCUAUUGUCAUUUUAAUCUCUGUUUAAUUUUUUAUAGCGCACCUCUCACCCAUGGCAGUCUAUUUGAUCGGAAUAUUGAGCUUUGGAAAAAUGCCGUCAUAUCCCCUUGGCUAUGUCAUAGAACUUUGAAUUUUGUUGUGUUUACAAUAUAAAAUAUAAUUUGUAACAUAUUCAAACAUUUAUGACUCAGAUAUGAAUGAUGUUAAAUGUUAUGAUUUUCUUGUUGAGAUGAUGACUUUGUUAAAAAGAUAUGAUUAAAAUCACAAAGCUUGAA